AUGGGGCUACACACGCCGCAACAGCAAUUCCCUAGCAGCCAGUACCCCUUCCCUCAGCAGCCACAACAUCACCAACCACCACCGCAACAAUACAGUCCAUCGCAGGCCUAUCCGCAGCUCACUCCCCGUCAGCAGAGCCACACGCACUACCCGCACUCUAUGUCGCCCACUCCUCCUGGUGUCCAUCGCAGCUCGCAUCCCUAUCCGCCGCAGCACUCGCAGCCCAGCACCCCUCUUGGCCCACCUAUGCAACCCUACAACCGCCAAUCUUCGCUCGCCCAGGGCCAGCAUCAACGUGCCACAUCUGGAGCUUCCUACGCUCUGCAGCAUCAGGUUGGCAUGCCCUCGCAGUCUCCUGCUCACUCGCUUCCACCGCAAUCUGCCUACCCGUCCGAGUCGCCACAACAAUAUGCAAAGAGACCGUCUCUCGAGUAUCCCACAAAUGUCUCGGAGCGCGACAGGAGCCUCAGCGUCAGCCCCAAAACAAAGGUCGUGCUCCCGACGCGCCAGAACAGCACUGAUUCGUCGUGGACCGCUAGGGAGAGGUAUCCAUCACACGAACCCCGUGCUCCUCACCGCAGUUCGACCGACCAGGCCAUUUCACCUCUCACUACCACCAAGCAGUCUGCCAAGAUCAGUCCUUCCCAGCCUCGCGUUGGCAGCCAGACGCCUGGAGGUUUCCGAAAUAUCCUGAACGACGACUCCACUCAUCAUUCGCCUUUGUUGGUUUCUUCACCCGCCGCCACUAGAGGCCAAUCCAUACCUCCUCAUGUCCCGCAACAUCCUCACUUGCAUCACGCGCAAUCCUCGCUUUCCAACGGCAGCCCUGUCCAGACCUUCGAGCCGCGAGCCCCUAUCAAGCACGAGUCACAGACAGCUUUCACUUCCGAGUCGCUACUGCAACAGCCCAUUGCUCCACUUCAACCCAUGUCGCAACCUUCUCUUCCUUCUUCGCAGCCUCAAAGCGCACCGCAAACCACUCUCAAACGUCCCGCCGAAAGCGAACCUGAACCCUCGGCUCCUCCAAAGAAGACCAAGAAGAGAUAUGCCGAGCCGCCAAUCUGGGCCAGGUAUAUGCCUUCCAAUCCUCUCUACGACCCAGCAGUCGAUCGCAUGCUUGGACCACCGCCGGAUCCCACCCAAGCAAGACGCCCAUCUCCUCGUCCCAAUCUGCAGGUAAUCCCACCACAACAGGAUCAAACCACGCCUCAACCACAGCAACAACCUGCAGCUGUGGCCCAGUCCAAUGGCCACCCUCCCCAAUCCAUGAUGAAUGGUCAUGGUUCGGUCAAUGCAACCAUGCAUCCUUUUCUCGGGCCCUGGGAGCCUUGUAUUAAAGGCAGCAUGGCCCAAUCCGAUCAAUUCACGCUGCACGUUGGAAAAUAUCUGUUUGAGGAAAUUCUUAGCAGAGCUGAUGUGGGUGUGGGCAAUGCACAGAAUGGUGCGCUCGAGAUCGAAGCGAAACUUGGCACUUUGGUCGACAGAAAUACUGACCAGCGAGUGCAAUUGCCAGUCCAGAAUCCAGUCGUGCUUGAUCGUAAUAUGUCUUCACGACUGCGAUUCGAGAGCCACAUGACCGAAGCCCAUCACAAACGCUUGAACGAAUUCCUGAAUCAAGCGGUGCAAGAGUCAGCAGCAAUACCGGGCAGGCACAGACUGGACUACAAACACCGCUACGAGAUUGAUUCUUUUGCGCAGCUCAGUCAAGCUGGGUUAGACGCGCUGCCUCGAUCGGCCUUGAACUACCUCGACCCAAACAGGCAACCGCGACUCCGGACGUCGGUCAACGAACGAGCGCCAGCCGGCACUGAUCCUGUUAUUGCGCGCAUAGUCAAGAUCCGACUUGCCGAUCUCGAUAUAUCCUGUCCCAUGUCGCCGUUUGACUGCCGCAUCAGUAUCAACAUCGAAGUGGACAUGCACAGACCUGGCAUGGAUCCCAAAGCGAUUGUGGACGGAGGCGAAACGAAGUUUGGGGAGCGCAANAAGGACAGACUUAGCUAUACGCACUCGGUGUACAGUGUUGAUCUGACCCAAGUCAAGGGCACAGAUGGACGCAAGAUCCAUGAGCUAGAGAUCGAGGUGGACGCCAUCAAGCUUCGGGAGCAGGCGGAGCGGGAAGCGGCAGGACAACCAAACGGAUUUGGAGACAUGGUUCAAGGGUUGGUCAACAACAUGUUUACGCUGAUGAGCGUACGAUUGAAUUGA